AAAAUUCCUACUGUGAUCACAGAAACUUUGAUAGUGUAAACCACCAGCCUUUAGAGUGUGAGUAUUUACAGUGCACUUUUUUUAUUAGAUUAUUUCAACUUUCUAAACAAGGCAAGCUUACUGUUCCAGCUAUGAAUGUCAAUGACUCAGUUACAAAGGUACAGUAUAUCUAUAGCCUGCAGAGUUCAAGACAGCUAGUCAAUCUGAAAUAUGAAGUACAUAUUCUUCACAGUGUUCCAAGCAAAGGCCUUUUUUAGGAGAGUUAGUAGGAAGAUAGGGAAGAUCUUGUUCUGACUUGUAGGAUUGGUCUCACUCCUCCACAGGGCCACCGUAGAUAUUUACAAAAUAUUUUACAUGAAGAGAGACCUCUCCCAAAACCUAGAGAGAGAUCUUUGUUGGUUGAUCAUUAAAAGUACUUGAUUUCUGUCUUUCAGACGAAAUUUGACAAUCUAUACUGCUGUAGAGAGUCUAUUUUGGAUAGGUAAAUUCAAAGAUAUUUUAAUUUUACAUAUAAUAUAUACUAUCUACAUAGAUGCCGCAUCAUAAAUAUGGUUAUUAACAUAAUUUUACUUCUAGUUUAAAAAGAACAACGGAUGUAAUGUUUGGAGGAAAGCAAGUCUUAGUGUGUGGAUAUGGAGAGGUAAAACAUGUGUUUAGUUGGGGGAGGGGGGCAGGGGUGCUCCCCUUCCAUUAUAAGGAUGUGUUCAAUAUAUAUGCACAAAACACUUCUUUCCUUAUCAUCAAAUUUAUAUAAUUUUUUUUUUAAAUUAUAUUUACAAUCAUAUUAUAUAAAAAAUACACAGAUUGAAGGAUUGGACAACAGAACUAGAAUCAACAAAGACUAAUAGGGCUAUGAGAUCCUUUGUACCUUUUAUGUGCAAAUCGUUUUAAAUGCAAAUAAUUAAUGAUAAUUUUAAAAUUUGUAGCAUAGUAGUAAUUGAUAGUGAGUGUAAAUUACGCAAUUCAACCCUCGGUUGCGAUGUAAUUUUUAUUAAUAAACCUAAGCUAACCCUAACCUAAGAAUCCCAUACCAAGUCCAUCCAUCUAACACUAAAACACGACAUAUUACGGACUAGGCCAAAAAAAAAUGUGGGUUUCCGGUUUCUUCUCAUAAAAACUUAGGUAGGGUAGGUCGGUUUUAACCUUUUUUUUUAAACUUUUUUUUUAAUUUUCCGAACAAGCGGACGCCAUUUUGUUUAGUCAGUGCUUCCACAUCCAAAGAUAAAUUUCCCUAAUAUUGCCUAUCCACAAACUUUUUCCUCUAAGUGGAAACACUUACAAGCAUGAUCCAAUAAAAAAGUUUAGGGUCGGGAUUUCGACGUCCAAAAGCUAGGUAGGAUCGGGAAACCGGAAACCCACAUAUUUUUUUUUGGCCCUACAAACUGGUAAUGCCUCUACCAACAACCUCAUUUUCUCCAUACUUAGGUAGGCAAAGGGUGUUGUGCGGCAUUAAAGGGUUUAGGAUCCAUUGUUCAUGUCACCGAAAUUGAUCCAAUCUGUGGUCUGCAGGCAGCGUAAGUACAACCAUCCAAAAUAUCCGUGCAAGAUCCUGAGGAACUAACCAACUUUUCAUUGCAAGUCCGCUGGAGAGUGAGCCUUCUGUAGAGAACAUUUGCCGAAUAUGAACUGCGUGACAAUGAAACACAUCCAUCGCUGAAUAACACGAUUAUGCUACAGUCCCAUGCAACAGUGCCAUACAGUCUACAUUGAAAAGUUAAUGUGUGUUUUCUCUUUACAUGCCAUACAGUCUACAUUGAAAAGUUAAUGUGUGUUUUCUCUUUACAGUAUGGAUGGAUUUAAAGUUGUAAGAAUUGAAGAAGUUGUAGGACAAAUUGAUAUUUUGAUCACUGCAACAGGUACGCUGGAGUACUAUUGUACAUUAAAUUUUCUUUGCAAGAAAAAAAUAUUCAAUCUUAUUUGUAUGUAAGCGACAUUUUAUAAAUAUAGAAGGGAUUUUGUAGAUUGGAGCGAACUGAAAUGCAGGAAACUUGUAUAUAAGAAGCGGGGACUGUAUUUCUUUUUUCCAGGUAACAAGGGUGUGGUAACGAGAGAGCAUAUGGAUCGUCUUAAGAAUGGUUGUAUUGUGUGCAAUAUGGGGCAUUCCAAUACGGAAAUUGACGUGGUGAGUUGCUUGUAGCUGUACACGAGCAGUGGUACAAGGGUGUGAUGGCCUGACAUGAAAUGUAUCUGAACUAUAUCUGGAUCACAUCUUCAGCAUUGAGUUCUCGAAUUCAAGCCAAUAGCGAGGUUCAGAUUUGGCUACCACUACCGCCAUACCUUUCACUGACUUAGUACGCAUCUGAUUGGUUAAUCGGGUCGAUUAAACGCUUCUGAUUGGUUAAUCGGGUUGAUUAAACGCAUCUGAUUGGUUGAUCGGGUCGAUUAAACGCAUCCGAUUGGUUAAUCGGGUCGAUUAAACUCGUCUGAUUGGUUACUGGUAGCGUAGUGGAAGUCGGAUGUAAACGUCACUAAUGCUUCGUUCGCACAAAUGUAGAGUGUCCACUAAUCUUCCUCAACUCACUCGUUUGAAUACAUUUCAUGCAGUCAUUGAAUGCUGGAUUUGGUGGGUAAUCCAAGCAAAGUUAAUGGACCAUAUAUGUAGACAACUUAAGACCUAACCAAGAAUCGAACUUGCCAGAUAGAUGCUCACUUGGAUUACACACCAAAUCCAGCAUUCUUGUUCAACCUGGUGAAGUGCAACAACAUCUUUCAAAUUUACUUUAGUCAUUGCACUCUCUCUCUCUGUUAAUUUCCACCUCUGUGUUUUACAGGCCAGUUUAAGAACGGAGGAAUUGAUCUGGGAAAAAGUUCGACCCCAAGUAGAUCAUAUUAUUUGGCCAAAUAAGAAGAGAAUAGUUCUAUUAGCGGAGGUAUAUAUAUAUAACAUUGCAAUAUAUAACAGGGUUCGUAGCAGUCUUUGAAAUCCUUGAAAGUCUUUAAAUUUGAAUGCAGGUCUUUAAGGUCUUUGAAAAGUCUUUGAAAAGUCUUUGAAUUGUGUGAAAAAGCGAAGAAAGUCUUUAAAUUCUUUAGUGAUUAUUUGAUUAUACGAUUUCCUAGCUAAUAAAAUAGAUUGAUUGAAGCAAGAUUUUCGCAAAUAUCGACGAAAAGGCGCAUUUUAGGAUGUGAUUUGACGGGACUAAUUACCUGGUAAAAAUGGUGCUUAUAUACAUCGCAAUUUUUCGACACCUGAUUGCUCUCAAAGGUCUUUGAAAAGUCUUUGACAAUAGGCAGAAAAAAUCUUUGAAAGUCUUUGGUCUUGGAAACUAUACGAACCCUGUAUAAGUAAAGUUAGUUCGGACAUGGUUUAUUUAGUACUGAUUUAUAUUUCAUAUUAGGGUCGUUUGGUGAACUUAAGUUGUUCCAGUGUGCCGUCAUUUGUAGUAUCAAUUACAACUACAACACAAGCUAUAGCUCUAAUAGAACUGUACAAGGCUCCGCCUGGACGAUACAAACAAGAUGUUUAUUUGCUACCGAAGAAAAUGGGUAAGAAAUAUAAUUAAACUUCCCAUCAAGUUAAACUUCCCAUAUAGGCUAAUUAAACUUCUCACAAAAUUAAACUUCCCAUAUAAUGUACCUAUUCCCUAAUGAACAAAAUUUUGAUCUAGACAAGUCUAGACAAACAUUUCACUACAGCUUGAAAGAGCUUCACAAAAUUAGUAAUAUUCCGAAGUUUCGUUGCGAAAUGUUGUAAAAUGCGGAUAAUAUAGCACUGCGAAGUUUGCUGUUUUUCAGUCAUUUUCUAUUACGCGCGGGAAAUUGAUACCGCUUUCUGAAAAAAGGUAUCAAUUUCGCGUGCGUAAUACAAAAUGACUGAAAAACGGCUAAUUUCGCAGGGCUAUAUUAUCCGCAUUCUACAACAUUUCGCAACGAAAAUUCGGAAUAUUACUAAUUUUGUGAUGCUUUUUCAAGCCGUGAUAAAAUUUUUGUCUAGACUUGUCUAGAUCAAAAUUUUGUUCAUUAGGGAAUAGGUACAUUUACCCUGGCCCAGAGGUUUUUAGGUUUGGCGAACGCGAACUGCCAGAAAACGCGCGAAGCGAAAACAAUACCCUCUGACUCCCAUGCAGGGUAAAGUCCAUUAAACUUCCCAUAAAAUUAAACUUCCCAAAAAAAAACUUCCCAUAAAAUUAAACUUCCCAUAUAAUUAAACUUCCCAUAUAAUAGACCUUAUGUACUGUAUAAUGACGUCGCAAGGCUUGAUGCUCGCGAGGAAUGCUGAUCUUAGUAGUCAUCGCCCGGGAAAAUUAAACAAUUCACAAUGGCCAUAGGCCACUAUCGAAAUUUUCUGGCCGGGCAAUGACUACUAAGACCAGCAUUCCUCGCGGUCAUCAAGCCUUGUGACGUCAUUAAGCAUGGUCUAUUAACUAGCCUCGCGCUGAUUGGUUGAGCUGAUUAAAACCGUCAGAUGAUCUUUGCAGACACCAUGGAUAAUUCAAAGUUGUUUUUGAUGAACAUUUCGGGUUUAAAAUUCACACUAGAAAUUUUCACCUACAAAACCCCAACCUCGUUCCCAGGGCUUCAGUGUGAGGACGAGGCGGAAAAAACCCUUUCAUGUGUGUAUUCACGGUGAUUCCUAAAUUCACUUAAACCAUAGUUAAUAUAUUAACUAUGCUUAAACAUUGGUUCCGUUCACAGAUGAGUAUGUAGCGUUGCUACAUCUGCAGACGUUUGAUGCGCAUCUCACGGAGCUAACGGAUGAACAAGCGAAAUAUUUGGGUGUGGCAAAAACUGGACCAUAUAAACCUAAUUAUUAUAGGUAAGGCAUGAGGUGUUUAUCACUAUGGUAACAGAAUCCUCAUUGGGUGGGCAAUGUGCAUACACUCCAGGGCGGUUACCCCUGGCAUACAUACUCUAUUUGUGACGUGUGCAUAGAACUAGGGACGGAUUUUGAGGAGGUGCAAAAAUUAUGACUAUAUGUAUGACUCACUACAAAUUUUGCACCAAAACGGUAAUUGACCCAGGCAUGAAUGCAUAGAACGAAUUUUCAGAUUUUGCUCUUGGGGGGUUAUGGGCGGGUUAUGCGGCGGCGCCGAACAAGCUGCAGCAACCCCUGGGGGCACAGUUGCUAACGGGGGUAAGGGGCCGAAGCCCCAAGGAAAUUUUGAGAUUUUUUAUUCAAAAUCCUUGUUUUUAGUCUUACUUAGUUCAAAAUAUUUAAAUCACACUACUGUCAUUUAUCCCAAUGACACAGAAUAAUGAGCAUUUAAUUUUUUUGGGGGGGGAGGCAUAUUUCUCUAGGUGGGGUGUGAAAACCAAUACAUAAAAAUUUAAUAACUAUCACUCAAGUUAACUGUUAAAUUUGAGUCAAAUUUUGACUUUGAUCCAUCAAAGGGUCUCAGGGGAGGUGCGCAAAUUGCAGCCAUAUACCACUGGGCCAUGCAUAGAACAAUUUUGCAAACCGUUUGCCCUUGUUCUAAUAAUUCGUUAUAUAUUUUUUUCUAGAUAUUAAAUUAAAUAAAUAUGAUACGUGGGGAGAGAAAUGCAACGCAAAGUUUGGAAGCAAUCAAUAUUUGUUCCACGCUAUUGCCAAAAUCAUCCAAGAUGGUCUAUUUAUUACAUUACAGAUUUCUGUUCCGACGAACAGAGCGUUGAUGCAUAUAUUAUUAUUCACAUUACAAUUGUGAGCUAUUUUACCAAUAUCGUAUUGCAGGAGAGCUUGCAUAUUGUGAAACAUUGUAAAUUCGAGGUAGUAAUUAGUGUAGUUCAUAUACAGCAAAGCUAACAACAAUUUUAAUUGGCAGACAACAGCCAUAAAGCUUGGUCUUACCCCUGAUAAAUUGUGUGGGUACUAUCCUUUAAAUAUACUGGAGGCAGCUUCGUACCCAGGCGCUUUGUUGUGCUACACCGUCGCGCGACACGCACGCGGGACGACGCGCGUGGGAGAAAAUGGCCACGUAAGUCAUAGAACAACACAUAGCGCCUGGGUACGAGGCUGAUACUGGAGGCAUAGUUUAUCAAGAUAUGAUGUUCUGGAAACAUGACAGAAGUUGCUUUGUUAAUAGUAUACAUACGAGGUUCAGAUUUUGACUACCACUACCUCUUAACUGCAUGGCUUAGUACACAUCUGAUUGGUUAAUCGAAUAUAUCAAACGCAUCUGAUUGGUUGAUGGUUCCUUAAUGGUAGUAGUAGUGGAAGUCAAAUCUGAACCUCUAUGUUAUGUUGUCGUCUGAGUUUAUGUUAGGCUAGGGUCACACGUCGAACUUUUCAUGCGCCGAACCUAAUGUAAAUGAAGUGAAACAAAGAACUUAGCUCAUUAACAUUAGGUUCGGCUCGAAAAGUUCGACGUUUGACGCUGGCCUCAAUUUGUGCACGGUCUAUGAUGAAACGUGCAACCACAAUGAAUACUAUUUAAUAAAGUUGAGACAAAGGAUUUGUGCGCAGUGAGGUACAGUUCAACAUCAAACAAAGCUCUUCUAUUUUGUGGCUUUGAAGUUUGCCCGGCUUCCAGACCAUCGUAUCUUGACAAACUAUGCUGAAAAUUUGUGCCAUCCAGUCGCGAUCCAGUGGAUCGGAAUAUUCCACUGCUUUUUAUUGUUUUGAAAAUCCACUGUUCUCCAAGCCAUCUAGUUACUGUUUUUUUGACAUAUUUGUAACGUUAAACGAAGGGACUAUCUAGUCAUUGGCUGCUGCGCGGCCAGUCGAUACGUGAAGAGCUGUUGUAAAGAGUACGUUGGGAUUUAUAAGCGUGGUUUCCCUUUGGUCAUGAUGGUUGAACAUUUCCAAGUUAGCUGGAUAUAUAGUGUUUCACAUGCGGAACAAAAAACACAUGAAUAAUCUGAUCAUUAAUUUCUUAUCUGUGAUUAUGAUCUGGUCACGAGAGCCACGACCAAGUGGAAAUUAUAGCCCCGUUUACACUACGCCCAAUUUUUGGUACGGCACGGAUAAAAUUGGGACCCGUACCACUUUUUUGGUUCUUGGACUACCUAUUUAGCUAAGCCCCGUUUACACUACGCUUAAUUUUUGGUACCUAAGGUAGUCCAAGAACCAAAAUAGUGGUACGGGUACCAAUUUUAUCCGUACCGAACCAAAAAUUGAGCGUAGUAUAAACGGGGCUUAUGUUAAUGAGGCAACAGGAACUGUCAGAAUUUGCUGUAUAUGAACGUGUACGUCGCGUAGAAUUGUGACUAUUUUGUACUGAGGCCAUUUUUGAUUGAGAAUUAUAUAGACGGUAGAGUUAGAGUUAAUGAGAUAGCCAGAUUGUGUAUUAGCGUUUUAUAAUAUACCGCAUACGGGAAUUAACUUAAAUAUAUGAGAACUGAAUUUGAAGAUAAUAAAGAA